UCCGGAGGGAGCCCCCCUGCCCCGGGAGUGCUGCCAGAGGGACCCCCAACAGGUCCCUGUGCUUUGAGGACACCACCUCUGGGUUGGCUUGGGGGUGUCACCCCAGCUCUGGGGGCUCACCUGGAAUGGCUUGGGGUUCUCCCACCAGUGCCUGUGCUUUGGGGGCUCCCCCCAGGAUGGCUCUGGGGGUGUCCCCCUUGCUUUGGGGUCCCCCUUGCUUUGAGGGUUCCCCCCCAGGAUGGCUUUGGGUGGCUCCCUCAGGAGCUGUCAUAUCCCCCCUGAUCUGGGGACACCCUCUGGGAUGGCUCUGAGGUUCCCAACCUGUGCUGUGUGGUGCCCCCAGCAGCGCUUUAGGGUACCCCAAGCAGUGUUCCCGUGUUGGGGGGCUCCCCCUGUGCUGCCCCCACCAUGCACCGUGCCCCACCUGGAGCUGGGUCCUUUGCAGGCACCCCUGGACACGAAGCAGGACCCCCGGUACAGCCAUCCCGCAAAAGGAGCAGGGAUGAUCCCUGGGCUCUGACCCCUGGCCACCACUCUGUUCCCAGCACCUCCCUCAAGCCCACCCUGCUGUGGUCCGGGGGGCUCUGCUGGCAGCCCCCUGGGUUGGGCUCUCCCUCCUUGGCAGCUCCCUAAGGGCUGCCUGUGUGUCCCAGUGUUAUCCCGGUCGCUCUGAUCCUGGGGGGUGGGAUGUGGGACAGUGUCGGGGUGGGACAGGAGGGCAGCAUCGGGGUGGUCCCCAGCUGCUAGGGCACUGGGAGGCUGUUGAGAAGCACUCGGCAGCCAGGCAGGGUCAGGGCUGCCGGAAAACCAGCAAAACUCCCUGCAGCCAUCAUGGAAAAAGAGGAUAAACAAGGAAAGAAACAUGACUUUUUUUUUUUUUUUUUUUUUUCCCCUUCUUCUUCUUUUUUUUAAAUCCCAUGUGUCAGGGCCUGAUUUUUAAAUCCCUUGGCAUAACUCCAUGCUGGGAGCUUGACCCAGUGCAGGCAGGCUCUGGAUUUUCGGAAGCUCUGGUUUUCGGGCUCAGCCAUGCGGUAACACCUUGUGCGGAGUUUCCAGCCCGGUGGCUUUGGGACACGGUGGCUUUGGGACACCGUGGCUUUGGGCAGGGAGAGUGGCUGCCCCAGCAGGGAGGGAAACCCGAGCACUGGAUCCCGCUCUGCCGCCUGACCUUGGCCGUGGAUGGCCGCUGUCCCCCUCUCUGGGGACAGGGGCUGCUGAGAUCCCGUUCCCCUGUCUGCCCUGGCACAGCCUUUGGGAUUGCUGCUGGUUUCCCUAAGGGAAAUCCCUCUGUGGGGUGUCAGCGGUGGCCCCGGCUGUGUUUGUGGGUCAGAUCCUGCUUGCAGCACCCAUAGGCGAUGUGGCACACCCAAACCCCCGUGGGGUCCCCCAGCCCCUGCAGGAUUCAGCACAGGGGGUUGCAGGAGCAGGAUUUGGCCGAUGUCACUGUGGUUUGGGACCCCUGGUGCUGCUGCUGGGCCACCAGCAGCCCCUUCCUCUGCCCCGGCAGUAGCCCUGUGAUAUCGGUGGGGUUCAGGCUCGGUGCCAGGCUCCCGGCUCGCUGUGCCCACGGGAUUCCCACCUCCUCCCGCUGCCGAAGAGCGGCUCUUUGCUUUUCCUUCCAAGCCAGCGCCCGCCUAGCGCAGGGCUUGGCACAGUGCAGCCGUGCAAUGCCCAUAAAGAGGCAGGAAACCCGCCGCAGGUUUUCCCGGCCAGCGCGUCACUGCCCAGCUCCGGGGCCAAAACACUGGGACUGCGGCAGCCGCUCCAGCUCAGCCCUGGGUGGGCUUCUGUCCCCCAGCCCAGGACACAGUGGGAACACUAACACCUUCCUAGCUGAGCGCUGCAAAAUCCUCCCCUGCAGGAGGAUUUCGUUGCAGGAAAGCAAGGGAAAUUAUAUACUUUAUUUUAUUUUAUUGUUCCCACCCCCUGAGGGCUGGGCAAAGCAGUGCCGCUCUCUACACCAGUGAGUUUUUAAUUGCAAACUCCAUGCCUCAGCCCACCUGGAUGGGUGCCCGCAGCGAGUGCAUGUUUAUUCCCCGUCGUCCCCCACCCCCCCCACCUAGUUUAUACAACACUAUCAAUCUUUAAAGUUUCAGUCUUCAUUUCCUCUUUUUAAAGCCUGACCUUCCCCUUUCUUAGCUCCUUCCCCGUGCCAACCCCCCCGCCUUGCCUCCUGCAGUGGCCCGUGCCAGUGCGGGGGGGCCGGGGCAGGUGGCCAAAGCCAGCCGUGCUCUGCGGAGGUGUCAGCAGGAUGCCCAGUGCCUGCCAAGAGCCUGCAAACCUCAUCAGUCUCUUCCCCUGACAUCUCCUGGGCACUGGUGAGCCUGCAGGGAUGUCAACGCCAGGCAGACCGUGUCACCCAGUGCUGGGUUCCCUUUGGAGUGGGGGGUUCAUCCCAUGGGAUGCAGAUCGGAGGCUUCCUGCAGCCCGUGGACAGUUUUUGGCAGCCCUGCGCUUUAAUCCCUGUGAUACCCAGAUACUGCAGGGCAGCUUUGGGGUACCCUGUGCCCCAGGGGAUGUGAAGCAGCACGUGUGCUCAAAAUGGCCCCAUGUUGGGGACAAGGUUUUCCUGCUGGUGUGGAAGCAGCUCCCAUCUGACGCCUGCCCCACGUUGCUGGGCACGGCUCGGGCAGGCAGAUGUUCCCUUUCUGCCUGCCUGCUCCCUGCCCGCUUGAUGGUUUGCAUAAGGUAGGAAAUGUCAGCAGCAGGCUCGUUAAUGGUCCUUCAUCCACCGCUCUCGUAAAAACCUCUCCAGAGUGUGGCUGGAGACGGGAGCAGGCAGGUAGAGAGCUGCUCUUAGCAACCCUCCUGCUGCCAGCACCACCUGUGGCCCAGAAUGUGGCCCCCAUCCUGUGCCUGGGGAUGGGGAUGCUAGCGCAGUGCCCGGGAUGCACAGCCUGGAGAAACCCCCCACAGCCAUGCUUUCCAGGGCAGGGGGGCACCCUUUGAAUCCCCCCAGUGCCUGGCUCUCAGCCUCCCUGGUGUUGGGGUGGGGAAGUCACUCGGUGUUUGGGGUCCCCAGAUCCCCACCUGUGUGCUCCCCCCUGCUCCGGGAUGCUCGUGGCUGGCUGGGGGAUGAUGCCGGGGUGGUGUUGAUGAGUAACCGUGCUCAGCGUGGGCUGCCCAGUGCCGGUUGCCUGCGGGACGGGAGCCACAACCUUUCCACCCUCUUGGCCAGCACCCGGGUCCUGCUGGCUCCUCUGCCUCCGGCCGGAGCCCCCACCCACCCCUGCCUGCAGCCGAGUCACCUCGUUUCUGAUGAACUGGGGCAAUAAGCACGGGGAGCAGCGACCCGUACUGCAUCGUGAAGAUCGACAAUGAGGCCAUCAUCAGGUGAGUGGCUCCAUGUCCCUGGCUGGUCCCCAAACCUGCACACCUGGCUCCUGGCAGGUCCCUCCAUCUACCCUGCAGCAGGUACAAUAUUAUUUUUAUUAUUUAUUAUUAUUCCCUGCUUUGGGCUGAGCCACUCCUCCAGAUACAGGCUGUGAUGUCUAACAUCUUGUGGCCACCUCCAACAUCUUGCCAGCCCAGAGCUACAAGACAGGGACGGAGACCUAUUGCCUGCCCCAGCUGAUGGUUCAAAACUGUGGCUGCUGCUCCAGCUGUGUGUCACAAAAAGCUGGGAAGCUCACAGGGCUGGGGAGUGCCCCAUGUCCCCCAUCACCGGUGCUGUCUGCCCCACAGGACUGCCACGGUGUGGAAAACGCUGUCCCCGUUCUGGGGGGAGGAAUACGAGGUGCACCUCCAGCCCACCUUUCACAGCAUCUCCAUCUACGUCAUGGACGAGGAUGCGCUCAGCCGCGAUGAUGUUAUUGGGAAGGUCUGCAUCACCCGGGACAUGCUGGCGGAGCACCCCAAGGGCUACAGUGGCUGGGUGAGCCUCAGUGAGGUGGACCCUGACGAGGAGGUGCAGGGGGAGAUCCACCUGCGGGUGGAGGUCCUGGGGAGCCAGGGCAGCCGGCGGCUGCGCUGCACUGUGCUGGAGGCCAGGGAUUUGGCCAGGAAGGACCGGAACGGCGCCUCCGACCCCUUCGUCCGCCUGCGCUACAACGGGAAGGCGCAGGAGAGCACCGUGGUUAAGAAAUCCUGCUACCCCCGCUGGAACGAGACCUUCGAGUUCGAGCUGGCGGAGCCCGCCGGGGAGAAGCUGUGCGUGGAGGUGUGGGACUGGGACCUCGUCGGCAGGAAUGACUUCCUGGGCAAGGUGGUGUUCAGCAUCCAGGGGCUGGAGGCGGCCGGGCAGGAGGAGGGCUGGUUCCGACUGCGGCCGGACAAGUCCAAGCCGAGGGAGGACGAGGGCCGAGGCAGCCUGGGCUCGCUGCAGCUGCAGGUACGGCUGCGGGACGAGACGGUGCUGCCCUCCCACUGCUACCAGCCCCUGGUCCAGCUCCUGUGCCAGGAGGUGAAGUCGGGGCGCCAGGAUGGCCAAGUGCACCUGGUCACCCUCCUGGAUGAAACCACCACGGCCGAGUGCCGGCAGGAGGUCGCUGUCAACUUGGUCAAACUCUUCCUGGGCCAAGGGCUGGUCAAGGAGUUCCUGGACCUGCUCUUCGAGCUGGAGCUGGCCAAGCCCUGCGAGCCCAACACUUUGUUCCGGAGCAACUCACUGGCCUCAAAGUCAAUGGAGUCCUUCCUCAAGGUGACAGGGAUGCCGUACCUGCACGCUGUCCUGGGACCCACCAUCACCCGCGUGUUCGAGGAGAAGAAGCACGUGGAGCUCGACCCUGGCAAGGUGGAGAUCAAAGACACCGGGUGCUCAGGGCUGCACCGGGUGCAGACGGAGGGGGAGGUGAUCGAGCAGGGCCGCCAGCACCUCCAGUCCUACCUGGGUGAGCUGCUGGACGCCAUCGACAAGUCGGUGCCGGCGUGUCCCCCUGUCAUCCGUGCCGCUUUCCGGCAGCUCUUCCAGCGCGUCGAGGAGCGCUUCCCCCAGCACCAGCACAUCAAGUUUGUGGCAGUCACCAGCUUCCUCUGCCUCCGCUUCUUCUCACCGGCCAUCAUGACCCCCAAGCUCUUCCACCUGCGGGAGACACACGCCGACGCACGCACCAGCCGCACGCUGCUGCUGCUGGCCAAGGCCAUCCAGAUGGUGGGCAACAUGGAGCCAGCGGCCGGGCGGGCCAAGGAGGUCUGGCUGGCCCCGCUGCUGCCUGCCCUGCAGCAAGGCAUUGCCCAGAUGAAGGACUUCAUCACCCGGCUGGUGGAGAUGGAGGAAGAGGAGGAAGGUGAGGGGCGGCCGCUGGACCCCCCCCGCACGGUGGUGAAGGAGGGGCCGCUCUUUGUCCACAAGACGCGGGGCAAGGGGCCACUGCUGCCCACCGCCGCCAAGAAGCUCCACUUCUGCCUCACCGGGGAGGCCCUCAGCUUUGGCAAGAGCCCCGGCGCGGAGCGCAGCGGCACCAUCGCCCUGGCCGACAUCCUGGCGGCUGAGAAGGUGGAGGAGAAGAGCUUCGGGAGCUCCCACGUCAUGCAGGUGGUCUACACGGGUGCAGGUGGGCAACAGGAGACAGCCUACCUCCAGUGCAAGUGCGUCAACGAGCUGAACCAGUGGCUGUCAGCCCUGCGCAAGGUGUGCGUCAACAACCCCCGCGUGCUCCGCGCCUACCACCCCGGCGUCUUCCGUGGGGACAAGUGGAGCUGCUGCCACCAGAAGGAGAGGACAGGGCUGGGGUGCGACCGGACCCGGCAUGGUGUCACCCUGCAUGACUGGAGUGACCCCCUGGACCCUGCGGCUGAGGCGCAGCGACUCUUCCAUCAUCUCCAGGGCCUCCAAGGGACCCUCAGGGAAAAGUACUGGGAGCUGCUGGAGCUGGAGGACGCCCAAAAUGGCCCCCGGGAUGAAGACACCCCACUGCCUGAGGGGCUGCGCCGGCUCUUCGGGGUGCUGGGGGACCUGGAGGGCUGUCACCGCCGGGCGCAGCCCCCCGCGCCCCCCGCACCCACCCUGCUGCAGCUGCAGACAUGAGGGGUCGGGGUCCCCACGCCUCGGGCACCGCCACGGUGGCAAUAAAGGCACUUUGUACCCUG